UAGGUUCUGUGUGCUCUCCGGGGGUAUUGUGUCAGGAGAUGCAGGCUGGCUACCAUGUGACGCGGUCCAGAGCUGAAGGGAUUGGCCGAGGCAGCGCAGGCGGUGCAGCUUGGCCGGCUUGCUGUUCCUCUCCCUUUCUCUCGCAGCAUCUUCCUGGGAGCCUGUAGGUGAAGCAGCACCAGCAGCAUCCAUGGCCUAUCUUUGGGGUUAACACUCGUCUCCUUUGGCUUCAGCAUCGGACAGAGCAGAUCUCUCGGCAGCGGCAGCAGCGUUGUGAGGACUUAGCUGGGACCUGGAAUCGUAUCCUCCUGUAUUUUUUCAGACUCUUUGGAAAUUAAGGAAUGCAAUUCUGCCACCAUGAUGGAAGGAUUGAAAAAACGUACAAGGAAGGCCUUUGGAAUACGGAAGAAAGAAAAGGACACUGAUUCUACAGGUUCACCAGAUAGAGAUGGAAUUAAGAAAAGCAAUGGGGCACCAAAUGGAUUUUAUGCGGAAAUUGAUUGGGAAAGAUACAACUCGCCUGAGCUGGAUGAAGAAGGCUACAGCAUCAGACCUGAGGAACCCGGCUCUACCAAAGGAAAGCACUUUUAUUCUUCAAGCGAAUCGGAAGAGGAAGAAGAAUCACACAAGAAGUUUAAUAUCAAGAUUAAGCCAUUGCAAGCUAAAGACAUCCUUAAGAACGCUGCAACUGUAGAUGAACUGAAGGCAUCAAUAGGCAACAUUGCACUUUCCCCAUCACCAGUGAGGAAAAGUCCGAGGCGCAGCCCGGGUGCAAUUAAAAGGAACUUAUCCAGUGAAGAAGUAGCGAGACCCAGGCGUUCCACACCAACUCCAGAACUCAUAAGCAGAAAACCUCCAGAUGACACCAUGGCACUUGCUCCCCUCUUUGGCCCACCAUUAGAAUCAGCUUUUGAUGAACAGAAGACAGAAGUUCUUUUAGAUCAGCCUGAGAUAUGGGGUCCAGGCCAACCAAUUAAUCCAAGCACGGAGUCGCCAAAGUUAACAAGGCCUUUUCCCACUGGAACACCUCCACCACUGCCUCCAAAACACGUACCAGCCACCCCACCCCGAACAGGCUCCCCCUUAACAACUGGACCAGGAAAUGACCAGUCAGCCACAGAGGUCAAAAUUGAAAAACUACCAUCAAUCAAUGACUUGGACAGCAUUUUUGGCCCUGUGUUGUCCCCCAAGUCUGUUGCUGUUAAUGCCGAAGAAAAGUGGGUCCAUUUUUCUGAUACAUCCCCGGAACGUGUUACUCCAGAGUUGACUCCAAGGGAAAAGGUGGUGUCCCCACCACCUGCCUCAGACAACCCAGCUGAAUCCCCGCCUCCGGGCCCCCCGGGCCCUCCUGGCCCCCCAGGACCUCUGAGUCCUCCUCGCAAUGUACCAUCGCCACUCAACUUAGAAGAAGUCCAGAAGAAAGUCGCUGAGCAGGCCUUCAUUAAAGAUGAUUACUUAGAAACAAUCUCAUCUCCUAAAGAUUUGGGGCUGGGGCAGAGAGCAACUCCGCCUGCCCCCCCACCACCCACCUACAGGACUGUGGUUUCGUCCCCCGGACCUGGCUCGGGCAGUGGUACGGGGACCACCAGCGGUGCAUCAUCCCCUGCUCGGCCAGCCACCCCCUUGGUUCCUUGCAGCACCACGACCCCACCUCCACCUCCUCCCCGGCCUCCCUCUCGGCCAAAGCUACCUCCAGGGAAGCCUGGAGUCGGAGAUGUGCCCCGACCUUUCAGCCCUCCCAUCCAUUCUUCCAGCCCUCCUCCGAUAGCACCCCUAGCCCGGGCUGAGAGCACUUCUUCGAUAUCGUCCACCAAUUCCUUGAGUGCAGCUACCACCCCGACAGUUGUGUCAGAAGAUGAUGUUUUUUAUGACAAACUGCCCUCGUUUGAAAGGCGCUGUGAAACGCCUGCAGAGAAUGAACAGCCUUCCCUCGUUUGGUUUGACAGAGGAAAGUUUUAUUUGACUUUUGAAGGUUCUUCCAGGGGACCCAGCCCCCUAACCAUGGGAGCCCAGGACACCCUCCCUGUUGCAGCAGCAUUUACAGAAACGGUCAAUGCCUACUUCAAAGGAGCAGAUCCGAGCAAAUGUAUCGUGAAGAUUACUGGAGAAAUGGUGUUGUCCUUUCCUGCCGGCAUCACCAGACACUUUGCCAACAACCCAUCGCCAGCUGCUUUGACUUUUCGGGUGACAAAUUUCAGCAGGUUAGAACACGUCCUGCCAAAUCCCCAACUUCUCUGCUGUGAUAAUACCCAAAAUGAUGCCAAUGCCAAGGAAUUCUGGGUAAACAUGCCAAAUUUGAUGAUUCAUCUAAAGAAAGUGUCGGAACAAAAACCCCAGGCUACGUAUUAUAACGUGGAUAUGCUCAAAUAUCAGGUGUCAGCCCAGGGCAUUCAGUCCACGCCUCUGAACCUGGCAGUGAACUGGCGAUGUGAGCCGGCAAGCACCGACCUGCGCAUAGAUUACAAAUACAAUACGGAUGCAAUGACAACGGCCGUGGCCCUCAACAAUGUGCAGUUCCUGGUCCCCAUAGAUGGAGGGGUAACCAAGCUCCAGGCUGUGCUCCCACCAGCAGUCUGGAAUGCUGAACAGCACAGAAUAUUGUGGAAGAUUCCUGAUAUUUCUCAGAAGUCAGAAAAUGGAGGAGUGGGCUCUUUAUUGGCAAGAUUUCAGUUAUCUGAAGGCCCAAGCAAACCUUCCCCAUUGGUUGUGCAGUUUACAAGUGAAGGGAGCACCCUUUCUGGCUGUGACAUUGAACUUGUUGGAGCAGGGUAUAGAUUUUCACUCAUCAAGAAAAGGUUUGCUGCAGGAAAAUACUUGGCAGAUAACUAAUAAAAUCUUAUGCAAGGAUUUGGAGGAUUCAUAUAAUGGAGAACUACUGUAUGAGAAACAGGUUUUAAUUUUGGUUUGAUGAAAACAAACCAAAAUCUGCACUUGGGAUAUAUCUGCUGGAAAUGUCAAUGACUUUCAGCAAUGAUUUCCCUCACACAAUACCAUGAUGACCAGUCCUACAGUAUUUACUUCUAGGUGUAAUAUUGUUAAUGGUUUUAAAAUGUAAUUAUUGUAUUUGUAAAUUGUACUCAUUCCAGUAAGGCAGUUAUACUUGAGUUUUAGCAUUUUACCAUUCCUGAAAUGGAUGUAAUUUAAACUGUGGUAUGUAAAUUUAAUAGUAGUACUGUUGAAUGGCACAAUGCUUACAGAGGUAGAUUGCAUUUUGUCAAUAUAUAAAAUUUAAAUAUAAUAUUGAUAGCUGUCAUAAGGGGGUGCCACACACAAAGAAAAUUCAGUGGAACCAGAAAAAAACUUCCUUUUCUUCGGUCCUUAGUAUGUUUUACUCUAGUGCUAAAUAAAAAUUCUAUCUUCAAAUAUUUAGUGGGUUAAAGUCAGAAACUAUUUCAGAAAAAAUAAAAAUUCUAAGGUACAUGCGCAUAUUCAAAGAAAAGCAUUAAUUACCACUUUUUAAAAAGCUUUUUUUUCAAACUGCAAAUUUCAUAAAAAUGCAAACUGUGUAAACAGGGCCUCUUAUUUUUAUAACUUGUGUAAAAAGGGAAAGCAAUUCAUAUUUAAAGUUUAUGAAAUUAUAAUCAAGAGUAAAGAAGAUGUCGAAGUCUUAACUACUUCCCCCUCUCUCCACAGUUUAGCAGAUGUGGAGAUUACUGAAUAAUCAGACUAAAACCAAAAUUGUGAUUUUAAAAUUUCAAGAAUUCCCGCAGUUGAACUGGUUAACAACUUUUGCACAAUAACUCUAAACACAGAAUGCCUCCCAUCCAGCAUGGGGAAUGGUACCAAGCAUCUUCCUCUUUACCAAUAGGAACCAAAACAUUGAGUCUAAAUAUCCCAGAAAAAAAAGAUUUUAGUCCGCUACUUAAAUCCAGAGGAGAAUUUUAAUUGUCAUCAUUUGUAUCAUUUGGGAAGGAAAAAAUAAGCUUUAUAAAUCAAAUUCUAACCACAUUAUUGUGCAAUAAAUUUCCUUUUGGAUAAGAUUCAUUGUAUGUAACUAUAAAUCUUUGCCAUCCUUGGGGAAUCAAAAAUGUAUGUUAUGAUUUCAUUGUUGCAAGGUAUAAUAAAAACUGUAAUUACUCAGUCUGGCCUCAUAAUAUGGGAAUUCAGGAUGAAGACGCUCUUCUUCAGGGGUCCCAGUUGUAAAACCUUCCUUCAUUACAAUCUGAAAACAUGAAUUUUCCUUUAAGUCAUCGAACCUAUUUUAAACAUAAACUAAUUCCUACUCUAGGUUAUACAAU